ACAAAUCCACAUGAUUCGCCUUUACUCAAGGCUGUUUUAUCACUAAAACAACAGAUAUGUUUUAAGCGUUGUUCUCUGUAUACAUGUAUGCUGAGAAAUUUUAUCAUUCAAAGUACACAGAUUUUACCACAUUUAUUGAAAAGUUUAAUGACAAACUUGAACACUUUUUUUUCGGUUGAUAUAUAACCUCAGUAUUUGUUUAAAGUACCGCUGAAUUGUCAUUAUGUGUAUGACAUAUCAUGAAGUAAGAUAAAGGUAUAAAUAGAAAGACGUUUUUGAUCUAUAUUUAAUGCAUCGAUUAGAUUAAAUGAAAGCGAUACCAGUACUACUUUCCUGAUGUACGUUAGUACCAUGCGGUUACGUACAUUCACUUAGAAAUAAAUGAAUUUAUCAUUUGACAUUAAAGGAAUAUAUUAUAUUAAUUAUUAAAAAACGAAAUGUGUUAAUUCGGCUGAAACGAAAUGGGGAAAAAAUCCCGAAAGCAAUGCAGUCUGUUGUCGGAGAUAACUUCGUCUGACAAAACACCUGAAGAUGUUAAAAAGAGGUUAAAGGAAGAUCCGAACCCUUCCUGGCUGCCACCUGGAAGUCUUUCCGUACGAACAAAAACUAAACGAAGCUGGAAAGAAAAAUGUAUGAUAUUAAGAGAAGAAAAUAAAAAACUAACUGAAAAAGUACAGAAGUAUGAAGAUGAACACCAUCGACUUCAAGAGGAACUGACGCAAACUCAUAAAAGAAGUGAAAAACUGUUUGAUUGUUCCAAAUUAAUGGAUCACUUGCAUGAACUUCACACAUCACCAGAGCAAGAAAUGGCAUGUCCAGUUAGUUCAAUAGCAUUGAUAUAUAAAGAAACAACUGAAAUGUUCAAGAGUGUCGCCCCAGAAAUAACGCGCCUACAAGAAAACAUGAAGAGCUUAAGGACCUAUAUUGAUGAACCAAAAUCAGAGUUUCUGUUUGCUCCCUGUUUGUCACAUAGGUCGCGUUCAACCGUGUCCUUCGACGAAGCACGACUACUAGGGAAAGAUGAAGAAUGCAAGUGUCAAAGAAUAAUUAAUUCAGAUCUAUGUCUAAACACGCACUUAUAAUUGGCGGAUGGUGGCAGAGCAUUUUGCUUAUAAUUUUACAGGACAGAAUCAGUAAUACAUGACGGUUUUGAAGUUCUAUAUGAAACCCGAUCUAAUUAGAAUGAUUCUCGAAAGAAAAGUAUGAUAUACAUGGGUACGUGCAUAAUGUUUUAAGAUAUCCGGUCCACAAAUAAGCAAGAUCUAUAUAACAGUGCUAUCAAAAUAUAUAAAAUAUUUAUGCCUGGUAAGCUCAUAUAUUUUUGUAUCAUCUGAAAGUGUAUUGUCUACUCUAAAAGAAACAAAAAAUUACAUGACAAAAUAUGUAAUAGAACUUUAUGUUUUACUUUAUAGUUUUCAAUGACAUUUCAACAGACGAAAUAUCCGGUUAUUAUACCAUUAUUAUCUUCAUUCUUUUUUAAAGCCCUUUUUACGUCUUCUGUUGUCUUGUAGAGUCUUUUUUUUUCUUCGUUUGAUUCUUUCAGGGCUUUCUUGCCACUGUUUGACCAAAGGGCGCUGUACACAUUUACAAUGUUUUCACUUUCAUCGUAGUAGACAAUCAUUGUGCUUGCAGACAUUUCCAAUUUCAAUGAAACAUGAGACGAGCGAACUAGAACGAAUUCGACCGUCAAUGUCGACAACAACAACUUGGUCAUCAGCAUCUUGUAUGAACUUCGCUAUUUCAAUUGAUCAGAGUCACGGCUCAUAAUAAAGCGUUUAUUGACCUGAACAAUUUCAGUUUUACUAGUCGUAACGGUAUAUUAAUCGAAACGAUACAUGACUUUGUAGAUUAAUUAGAAAGAUAUAUCAAUUGAAACUUAUUGACAGGUAAGUUAUCGGAGGUUAUCUCAAAUUUGAUAACACAAAAAGUCGGUCACCGUUUUUAAACGAUGACAAUAUAAGCUUCACCUUCAAACAUAUACACCUGUUUAACUGGCAAGCUAUUUAUGUACCAUAUCCAAGGUGAAAUCAAAUCAUAUGUAUUUUUUUAUCAGUUACAAUCGGGUAACUUGUGAUGUUAUUUCAAUGGCAUUCAUUACGUUAGGACAGUCUUCAGUAAAAUCGAAUCUUGUGGACGUAUGCGAUAAAGUUCUCAGUCUACAGAAACAUUUGAUAUAUCGUUUAUAUGAAGAGAAAUCGUGUCAGUUUCGACAAUAUAAUCAUUCUAAUUAUGGAUGGAUUAAAAAAAAAACUUUGCACGAUAAGGGUAGUCUCGCAAGAAGGGAAAGACUAAAAAUGCUGAUAAAAAAGAUGUUACACAUUGUUAUUUUUAUACAGAAAAUAGUAGCGUGAACGUUUAGAUCUAAUACCGUCUAACUUUGUUUUGAAGUUUUGCGUAUCACCACUGGUCCACUAAGUACAACGUUCUAAUAACAUGUUGUGUAAAUAUAAUAAUCGAGAUCGAAAACACAUAAUGGUGAUUCCUCCAUAAUAAUGUUUGAAAUAGCGAAAGAUGCAAAAUUAAGAAGCCCCAA